CAACAGUUUUAUAACCACAAACUUCCUUUCCCCCUCCAAAAAAAGAGAAAUAGCUGCACAGUGUAUCGCAAACGUGAUUUCCCUGCAGCCCGGGGGCUUUAGGAAACUGCAAGGAAGUCAUCAUGUGAAAAACAUUUAUUUGCUAAACGGACAAAAGGGCUGGAUUACAAGGGGAAAAAAACGAAAGUUUAAGGGUGUGAGCGGAAUGUCCGUGGAUGAGAAGCCUGAAGCCCCGAUGUACGUGUAUGAGUCGACGGUUCAUUGUACCAAUAUCCUCCUGUGCCUCAACGACCAGCGCAAGCAGGACAUCCUGUGCGAUGUGAGCGUCCUGGUGGAGGGGAAGGAGUUCCGGGGGCACCGCGCCGUGCUGGCCGCCUGCAGCGAGUACUUCCUCCAGGCGCUGCUGGGACAAGCCGACAAUGAGCUGGUGCUCAGCCUUCCCGAGGAGGUCACUGCCAGGGGAUUCGCCCCAUUGUUGCAGUUUGCCUACACUGCUAAGCUGUUACUCAGCAGAGAAAACAUCCAGGAGGUCAUCCGCUGUGCCGAAUUCCUGCGCAUGCACAACCUGGAGGACUCCUGCUUUCGCUUCCUGGAGGCCCAGCUGCGCAGCGAGGAGGACGGCGUGCUGCUCUGCGGCAAGGCGGCGGCCGACGCCGAGCGCUCCGAGGACGAGAGCAUGCAGUCCGAGUCGUCCUCCGUGUCCUCGUCCAAGGCCGGCGGCGGCGGCGGCGGUAGCGGCGGAGGAAACGGGGGCGGGGGGGCCGUGUCCGUGUCGGCGUCCCCGAGGUCCAGGCGGCGCGGCGACGCCCUCAACUCCCUGCGGCGGCCCGACGACGACGAGCGGCUGGCCACGGCGGCGGUGGCGGUGGUCGGCGGCGACUUCGCCGACGGGCGGCUGGACUUCGACAGGCACCACGGCUCCUCGGACCUCCCGCGCUGCCCCAAGUACAGGAAGUACCAGUGGGCCUGCAACAAGCACAAUAACGACACCUCCUCAUCACACACCAGUACCUCAGGUUUUCCAAGCACAUUCAAGGAGAGCGGCGCGGCGGCGGGAGGAGGCUCCCUCCGGCCCGCGCUGACCCAGAUCAAGACGGAGCCGCGGGGGGAGGAGGAGGUGGCCGUCCCGUGCCUGUCCGGCGACGAGCAGGAGGAGGAGCGGGAGCGCGACGGCCUGGCCGACAUGGAGCUGGACGGCCUCGGACACAGCCCCACGGCCACCGAGCGGCCCAAGAGCGGCAAGUCGCCCACCUGCAUCCGGGCGCUGUUCAAGAGGAGCGUGGACCUGGCCGGCCUGCCCACCCCCACCCAGCAGCUCUUCACCAACCGACUGCUCUGCGCCCAGGACAAGGGAGCCACUCAGGGAGACCACAAAAACGAGUUCAGGCCUUUCGCGGCGGGGGAGCUGGCAGCGGCGGGCGCCGUGCCCAAGGAGGUGGACGGCGGUUUCCCGGCGGGGCUGUCGCUCAAGUCGGCGACGUCGUGCGACGGCGUGUGCAAGCAGGAGAGCGAGCUGGACCGCCGCAGCGUCAUCUUCUCGUCCUCGGGCGCGCCGGCCCACUCCUACCCCGGGGGCAACUCGCUGGACAAGGAGCUGGCGGGGGAGCACGCGCCCAAGGGCCUGUGGCCGGGCGCCAGCCAGUCGCUCCCGAGCUCCCAGAGCUGCCCGCCCUCGUCCGCCGCCGCCAUCGCCAUCGCCAACGCCUCCGCCAACGCCAUCGCCGCCGAGCCCCCGCUGCUGUGUCGCCCGCGGCCCAACACCAGCUGCCCCGUGCCAAUCAAGGUGUGCCCGCGCUCGCCGCCCCAGGAGACGCGCACGCGCACCUCCAGCUCCUGCUCGUCCUACUCGUACGCCGAGGACGGCAGCGGCGGCUCGCCCUGCAGCCUGCCCCAGUUCGAGUUCUCCUCCUCGCCCUGCUCCAACGUCACGCGCUGCCUGACCGCCGACCAGCCCGAGCCCAGCGCCGGCGCCGACUCGCUCUUCGGACCCGUGCGGCCCAAGAUCAAGUGCGAGCAGUCCUACGGCACCAACUCCAGCGACGAGUCGGGCUCCUUCUCCGAGGGAGACAGCGAAUCCUGCCACGUCCAGGAGCAAGGACCAGAGAUCAAGCUUCCCUUCCCUGUCGAUCAAAUCACAAAUCUUCCAAGGAAUGACUUCCAAAUGAUGGUAAAAAUGCACAAACUGACCUCAGAACAGCUGGAGUUCAUCCAUGACGUCCGGCGCCGGAGCAAGAACCGUAUAGCAGCUCAACGCUGUCGCAAGAGGAAGCUGGACUGCAUCUUAAACUUGGAGUGCGAGAUUCGUAAACUGGUCUGUGAGAAGGAGAAGCUGUUGACGGAGCGUAACCAGCUGAAGGCGUGCAUGGGGGAGCUGUGGGAGAACUUCUCCUGCCUGUCUCAGGAAGUGUACAAGGACGUGCAGCUGAGUCCCGAGCAGGUCCACCGCUACUGCCCCGGGCUGCGGCCGGCCAACGCCACGCCCAACUCCACCCCCAACCCCAACACCACUGCCAGCAACAGCAACAGCAGCAGCGCCACCACCACCACCACACCCACGGGCGGCCCCUCCACCAGCAUCGACCUCACCACCAACUCCCGCUCCGCCUCCCCCGAGCCCCAGUUCCAUAAGUCGCCGGGGCCCUCGGAAGGCGGGCCGGGUCCGGCCCAGUGGUGUCUGGCGACCGGCAACGGUGCGGAGGGGCCGGUGGGGAACGGGAGGGAGGGUCCAGACUCCAUCUCCAAGGCAGCUGUAGCCUUCCACGAGUCAGGGCUGUCGUCAUCGGAACAGUGCAACCAGACGGUGACAGUAGACUUCUGUCAAGAAAUGACUGAUAAAUGUACCACCGAAGAACAGCCCAGGAAGGACUCUUCCUAGUGCUGGUGGGAAUCUGUCUUUUGUUUUGUUUUGUCAAUUUUUUUAUUUAGUUCAAUGAGUUUUUGACAGACCCUUUUUGAAAAGGGUUGUUACAAUGGUCAGCCUCUGCCAGUGUUCUUAUUUUAAACAUUUAUUUUGUUUUGUUGGUAUUUAUGUCUUUUAUUGUCUUUGAAAGGUUGACACUACAGUUGUCUUAACUGCAGCAAUACUGUUGUCCAGGUCUUUCUCGAUUCUAACCAGAACAGAAUGGUUGCGAAUUCUCACACAGCUCUCACGACGGUGCUACACCCUUCCCCGCCAAUGACCUCCGCAGUGGCAAUGCUGCUCUUGAUCUAUUACAGUCCAUUCAAAGCAGGGAUGGGCACAGAGCGCAUCUCAAACACAAACCUCUAUGGACCUAGCAGCAGCUGUCUCUCUCUCUCUCUCUCUCUCUAUUCCUCUCUCUCUCUCCUUCUACCCCUCUUUCUCUCUUUAUCUCUCUCUCUAUCUAUCUAUCUAUCUAUCUAUCUAUCUCUCUAUCUCUCUAUCUCCUCCUAUCUUCUAUCUUCCCUCCUCUCUCUCUGACGUUCUCAUUCUCUCAGUGGCCCUUGUCACACAAUUCAAACUCAGGAAGUAUUCUGAAUGUUCAAUAUUAUUCAUGAAAAAAGGAUACAGAUUCUGUACAUGAAAGAUUCUUUUUGCAGCAUCUCAGCUGUAAAUGUUCAUAUGCAAAAACGUCGUCUGCUCGUCGUCGCUCAUUUUUACUGUUUCUGUACUGCAACACUUUUAUGUACAGAUGGUUGUAUCUAAACAUUCCUCCUUUGCCUUCUACAGCACUGAAAUGAACGAAAAUGACUCAAAAAGACAGAAAGAAUUGACAUGAGGUUGAAUAGCUAUGUCCCAACACAUCAGCAAUACCCUUGUAUUUGGAUGUUUUUAAUGGUAAUGUAUAAGUGCUUGCUUAGCAGAACGUGUGGUGUAUAUAGGACGGAGCAUGGUGGCUGUCAGUAAUGUUGUACAGGUCAAGGUUUAGCCGUUUUCUUUCUCUCUGGGGUUAUAUCAAGCACCUUUUUACCAAGGGAAAUCAUUUUGCUCUGCUGUUUCCUGUCUAAAGUGAAAUCCCCAUGAAGGUGGGUGUUCUUGAACUCAGGAAAUCAGCCUGUCACAAGCAUGCACUCGAGUGCACCCACACAUGUAUUUAGACACACAUGUGCACACACACACACACACACACACGCACACACGCGCGCGCACAUUCACACACUCACACACUGUCACCAUCACUGCAACCAGAUGCACAUACCCCCUAUGGCCACACGUUUAAUUGGUCAGGCCCCUUGGAUGUUGAUGAGGACUGUGUAAAAAGUUUGUAUAUAAUCCGUGACUCAGGCGGUGUCGGUGUAAACCUGGUUGACAACCUCUUUAAAUGUGAAGAGUCACAGCCUUUCUGUGUUUUUAUCAGUAUUUAAAGAUUUAAUGGUGAAACCCUCAGCCACUUUUUUCUUUAUUUUCUUCAGUGUUAUGUGUUGAUGUCAAGGGUUAUGGAUAGCUUUUUAUCUAGCAGAGGGACAUAGUUUGACAUAGUUUGAUACGCAGUUUUAAAAGACUCAGAACUAGUCGUGUGAGACACUUGCUCUAUUGUUUGCUCUUAGUUCUGCCACUCUCUCUCUCUCUCUCUCUCUUUAGCAUCACGCAUUGCACUCAAAACCUGCUAGCACUUCACAACGGGGAGAUUUCUGUUUCAGGACCUUGACAAAGUCUAAAAAAUGCAGCACUUACAUUGGCACUUAAAAGUGCUCCUCUAAAACAAAUUAUUUAAAUUAGAGUUACCUGAAGACUAGCGAAAUAUUACAAGAUACAACCAGCUCUACUAUAACAGAGAAGGAAUGAAACGCAGUAUGAGGGAGUGUUCUGACUAUGUUAUUUUAUUGAUAAUAAUCUAAUAAGCUAAUGGAGAAUUCUAUUAAGUAUACAUGUGAACACAGCUGAAGGUGUAUGGAGUGUUAGAUAGCUAUGAAACAGUCCUAUGUUUGCCCUUAUUGUACAUUUAGUAGAGAUAUAUUCCUGGUGGGAUUGCAUGCUGCUUGUAUAUUUUAUAUAGUUUGUCUUGUUUCUGUUUGCCUUUGGGUGUAGGUAUUUAUCAGAUAACUCCCAUUAGCCCGACUUACCUCUUCUUCAAUGAUCAAAGACCGUUUGUCCUCAAAGCCGAUAUUUGUUUAACAAAAUUCUUUAUCAUCAGGCAAAUCUUAUUUCAACCCCCCCAGCACAAAUGUGCACCAGUGCGAUUUUACUACCUUUAAUAGUGUUGAUCAAUGCAGGUGCAUGUAAGUUUGAUUACUGUAUGUGCCAAUGAACACCUUUACACCCCUAUUGAUACCACUCCACUAUGCCCUUUCAGUGUUGACUAAGUAAAAAAAUGCUUGAGCUUUUAACCCCAAGAGCUUUUAAAUAGCAGUAGUUGGUUGAGUACGUACGUCUGUUGGUGUGUAUUUGUGAAUCAGACAGUCCAAAGAAUUCUCCUUGGACCCCACCUUUACUAAAUGCUCCCCUAACACAUGCACGUGCACACAAGUUUAUGCACGAGCUUACACACACACUCAUAUGCGCACACACACACACACACACACACACACACACACACAUGCACACAAUCACACAUUAAGAUACAUGUUGGACAAAAUCUGCUCAGUUAGAAAGUUGAAGUCUAGAGCUAUUGUAAUUGCUAGUAAUAAUUGUUGUUUUCAGUGUGGUUCUUAUUUUUCUCUUCUGCUUUUCUUGGUGUAAGAUUCUCUUUAUGCCAUUACAAUGUAAAAUAUAUACCAUUUCAAAAGAAUUGUACACAGGUACCAAACAAAGAAGUUAAAGCUAGAUGGGUCCAAGUGGACAUUGGUGUAAACAUAUGCAAGUCAUCCCUAUAAAGUUACCUUUUACUUUAUUGUACAAAGUAAAUGUGGAAGAGCCAGUUCCACAAGACAAGCACACAAUGAGUACUCUUCGGAUAAUGUCUUUGUCUACCUUACAGUUUGGAUUGAACAUGUUGCUUUUCUAAAGUCUUUGAUAAGCAGAGAAAUCUCAAAUUAUGUCUGUUCUCCUAUUAGCGCUCUAUUGUUUGCGUUAUUUGGAUAGCAAUGAGUGCAGAGCUUAUUUCUGGAUUGUAUCUUAUGCUUUUCUCUGUUGUUUUGCUCUGUUGAAAGUGCUUCUCUAAGCACACAAGCAAAUGAUUACCGCACGUGGAUUCAGGAUGCAUUGACUGUAGCUGUCACAGCAUGCCUGUCUCUGUCUCAGCGGUGAACAGUGGUCAUCUCCUGGCUCAUCAAAAUCCCAUGCAUCAAAUAAGCUUUUUUUGCAAUCAUUUCAGUCACUCAUAAACUAAACAAGUCAACUCACCAAGGUUUUUUUUUUAUUUUUUUAUCAUAAUCACAGUUGCUCUUGUAAAUUGUCUCAGGGUGCCAACAGGUUCUUCUUUCUCCAUUCAGAAGCUAGUUCAGAGUCUGUAUGCUAUAGCUAGUUUGUGUUGUUUUGUUUCUAUGUUUUGACUUUUAAAAAUACUUGCUUAUGUCUGUGUAUAUAGAUUUCUGAGAGGCUUUUUUUUCUUCAAUGCAAAACACAACCUUUUUUUAGUUAAACCCCCAACAAGGGCUGUAGACUCUUUAAAUCUUUUGGGAUACUUCACUUAAUAAUGAAAUGUUUUCUAUGAUAAUUGACAGAAUCUAAGCUUUUAAACCUUGCGAUUUGGCUGGACUCUAGGAAAUGCAUUUUAAACUGAUUACUUUCUCAUAUUAUGGAUAAUGGCUUCCAUAUUUGACCAAGAUUCAUGGUCUGUGUCGCAAAGUAAGCGUACAAAGAUGUACAAAGCCCUCUAACAUUUUUUAUAAGCUUUUAAUAUCUAUGUAAAUCUGUUUGUUUGUUUUUGGCUGCUUCUCUGAAACAUUUACACUGGCUCUCCAAAGGUUCCUCUUUUCACAGAUGAUGAAAUCUUGCCUUUUACACAAUUUGCUCAACUUUAUAAGAUGAUGGUGUCCAGACUGAAUACAAAGGAGAUCAUUUUGAGAAGUAAAAGAAAAGCAAAAUGUUUACAAAAAGGUGUCACGUCAUGUUUAUGGAAUUGUCCAUGUACAUAAAAAAAAUGCUAGCUUCAAUUGGAUGGAUAGGGUAGUGUUUUCCUUUAUUUCAUAUUUUCAACUGAAAACUGAAAUGAAAGAAAAAUACCCGUUCAUAUGUGUUCCCUUAAGUCAUCUUCUCAACUAAUGGGGAUGUGUCAGAGUUACAUGGAUAUAAGUGCACCUCCAAUAUUUGCCUUAGAACUUGCAGAGGCCAUAGUUCACAUUCAAGUGAAGUGAGUGUAUGCAGGGGCCGUCGGCCCCCCAUCCCUGGGUCAACAGAGCGGACUUUGUCACACUUAUCUACCUGUGAAAUCCUUCAUACCUCUCAUAACUGGUCAAUGACUGUAUCAGCAAACUGCAUCAGGUGUUUUUCUACAUGCUUUUUACACAAAUUAUAUGGAUUAUUGUAUUAGGUAGGUUUUGGUGCAUCAUUUUUAAUGUAAUAGCUCUUCAGCACGUAGUCACAGUUGUUUUAUUCUCUCGUUUUUCUAGGAGACUGUUUUGUGUUAAUAUUGUCAAUUUGAGAUAGCUGUAAUUUGCUUAUUCUCUACUAAGAGUUUUUACCUUUUUAAUUUCUAAAGGCUACAUGACCCUAAUGAAUUAAAUGACUUAACAACCAUUGUACAUAUGGUAUUGUGCAAAACUCAUUUUCAUGCAUUUCAAUUGCUAGUGUUAUAUAAAUGACAGAUUUUUGUCUAGACACCAUUUCUGUUUAUGAA